AUGGAUUUGGAACCUAAAGAGAUGGAGAUUGAUUUAUCUCCGUUCAUCAAAGUCUACAAAGAUGGCACUGCAGAAAGACCCUUUGCCUCCCCAAAUGUUCCUCCAUCAGUUCUUGAUCCUAUCACCAAUGUCUCCUCAAAGGACAUCACCAUUUCAUCUGAAGUUUCUGCGAGACUUUACCUUCCCAAAAUCGCUGAUCCCAACACCAAAAAGAUCCCAGUUUUGGUCUACUUCCAUGCUGGUGGAUUUUGCCGGGGAUCCGCUUUCUCCCCUCUUUACCAGAAUCUCCUCAAUCAAUUAGUUUCCAAAGCUGAUAUGGUGCUAAUCUCAGUUGACUACAGAAUUGCCCCAGAAUACCCUUUACCUGCAGCUUAUGAAGAUUCAUGGGCUGCCCUUCAAUGGGUCGCCUCACAUUCUGUUAAGGGUUCUGAAAUUGAUGGUGAAAAAGAACCAUGGUUGAUUGACCAUGGUGAUUUUGAUAAGGUUUAUGUAGGGGGUGAUAGUGCUGGUGGGAAUAUAGCACAUAAUAUGGUUAUAAGAACAGGGUCUGAGAGCUUAAUUGGUGGGGUGAAAAUUUAUGGUGCAGUUCUCUGUUUUCCAUAUUUUUGUGAUUCGGAAACUAAGGAAGAAAGUUUGGAAUAUAAAAUAUGGAAGCUGGUUUAUCCUUCUGCUCCAGGUGGUGUUAACAGUCCUUUGAUCAACCCCUUUGCUGAUGAUGCGCCUAACUUAGGUAAGAUUGAAUGUCAAAAGGUGUUUGUUUGUUGUGGUGAGAAAGAUGUUCUGAGAGAUAUCGAUUUGCGGUAUGUUGAGGCAUUGAAGAAAAGUGGAUUUGAGGGUGAAUUGGAGCUGGCUGAUGUCGAAGGAGAAGAUCACUGCUUUCAGCUCUUUAACCCCUACACUGAAAAAGCACAGAGUCUCAUAAGUAGUAUGGCUUCCUUCAUCAAGGGCUAA